AUGCUGAGCGGCACGGACGAGACCGUGCAGAAUAUGGAGCUGUUCCAGGCGAGAAUUGACCAAGACGAGCGCAUGCGUGUACCAGUGAACAGAAUAUUGGCGCGGACUUUGCGGACAAGCUUCACCGUAACGCGCUCGACUCGCGUACAACAGCCGCCUGUCCAGAUACCAGCGUACCAGCCUCCUCCUCUGCCACAUCGACAGGAAUCACCAGCUGCGCCGAUGCAAUCACCUCCUCCAAACCAGUUUCGGACGCCUGACGCGAGGCAGUGCAAGCUCGAGAUUCGGAAGUUCGAUGGGACUAAAGUGUACUUCGAACUCGGGUCCGAUUUCUUAGACUUGGGCAAGACUUUCUGGAGACAAGUAGACAUGGCUCAAGAGUCGCGUGUAUUCAUGUGA